AUGGGGCUGGAGCUGCUGAAGAAGUAUUACUUGGGCACCCCUGUAUCCCCAGUGCCCCUCAAGGUGGUUCUGGCCCUGGAGCAGUUGAGCAAGCUGAAGCCCUCUUUAGCAACCAAGGACAUGUGUGACAUCCUGAUUCUGUGCUGCAAGACUGUUGUGUUGCACCCUUCAGCGGAGAUGAUGCUGAAGAUCAGGAAGUCACAGCAAGCAGCUCAGUACCUGCAGCUUCUGCAGACAUCACUGAAAGCUCUGGGCCGGCUCAUGGUGGUCCUGCUCGACACAGAGACCAGUGGCUUCUUCCAGAACAUAGUCCAUAGAUCAAUGUCAUCAGACAACAUGUGGGAGCGCAAGAGGGCCCUGCAGAUCUGCUCCCAGCUGCUGGCUGCCUGUGAAGAGCUUCGAAGAGGAGAUGCCUGCAAGCACUUUGGCUCCUUGGUGGGAUUGCUGGCGCCUCUGACGUGUGACCCCAUGCCCACAUCCCGCCAGCUGGCUGUCACCUGCCUGAGCUCCCUUCUCCGAAUCCAAGCCAAGGCGACCAAUGGAGGCAUCGAGACGGGAGACAUCGGGAGCCUGUGUGAGGGGCUGAAUGACUGCAGCACCGUCUGUCAGCUCCGGACCUCUUCCAAAAUCGCACGGAUUGUGUACAGGAACUUCCCCCUGGAACACACCAUUGACUUCAUGAUGGCCAUCAAGGACACCUUCCAGAAGGCCAAAGGAAUGCGUGUGCGUGCUGCUGGGAGGUGGAUGAUCACCUUUCUGCACAUGUAUGGAGAGGACAUCUGUCGGGACGUGCCACUGAUCACCUACAUCCUGCGCAGCUGCAUGUCGUCCCCGCAGCGGAGCAUGUUCACGCCAUUCCUGUCCCAGGCGCUGGUCAUCCUCAUCCGCUGUCACGCAGAUGUCACUAUCAACAGCUUCUUUCCGGCUGCUUUGAGCCCACAGACAGUGAGACAUGAAGGAGAAUAAGAGAGUUUUGUCUUCACUGGUGGAUCCGGGAGAAGAGAAAAAGAGGAAAGAGAAGGAAAAGAAAAAGGAAAAAGGAACAAGGAAAAAAGGAAAGGGAGGAAAAAAAGAGAGGAGAGAAAGAGGGAGAAGGGGAGGGAGAGGUAGAGGGAGAGGGGGAGGGAAAGGGGAGUAAAAGGAGUGGGAAGGCAAAAGGGAAUGAGAAAGGGAUAUUUAAAAAGAGAGUUGAGGAAAGGGGAGUGCAGAGUUGAGGAGA